AAGGAACCGGUAGAGCUCAACAUCAUGCGGUCCUUGCUUGGAUCUCCACCCGAUCUCUGUAGAGUUUGAGUAGCACAUGGGGUGGAUGCGAGAAGAAGACACUGAAACUGAGUUUGUUUUUGUUUCUUAAUUAAGGAAUUAGAGUUCGUUUAGGGAUUAGAAGAGUUUGGAGAUAACAAAUUUAAAGAAGAGUAAAAGAAUUAUCCAUCGUCGGUCGGUUACGUCGCUGGUCGAUGAUGCGUUGUUAUAAUUUAACUAAGUCGGUUGUUGAACUAAUUAAAGGGUAUAAAUUAAACGGUACUACUGUUAGGGUUUUAAAAUAGCUAAUCGAUCUGGGGUUUUGGAGAAAAAAAAAACAAGCUACGUUCAUCAUCAUCAUCAUCUCUCUCCCUCUCUUCCAUGGCAACCGGCAAGCUGAUUCAAGUCGACCCGCCCGAACUCAGGUUCCCGUUCGAAUCAAGAAGGCGCAUCCCGUGUUACAUCAUGUUAACCAACAAAACCGAUGACCACGUCGCCUUUAGUCUUCGUUCGGAUGCCGUAGAGAAGUAUAUCACUCAGCCCAACAGAGAGAUCAUCUUGCCCCGAUCCACAUGCAAAGUCGAAGUAAUAAUGCUACCGCGGUGGAAAGCACCACAUCGUCAAGAGGACAUUGAAGUUCAUAGCGUCGUCACCUUCGCAGGAGCCGGUGUUGAUGACAUUAAAUGCAAAUGGUUCACUAAGAAGGCAGAUAAUAAGCUAGACAUCGUCACACUGCAAGUUGUUUGCGUCUUCCCAACAUCUAUUCAUCGACGACUUGAUCUCAAAACAACCACCGGCAAGCUAAUUGAGGUUAAACCAACAAAAAUCCGAUUCCCAUUUGAAUUAAGGAAGCAGAUAACGUGCUCUAUCUUUAUAUCCAACAAAACUGAUGACCACAUUGCCUUUACGUUGACGUCCACGAAUUGUUGCGACUACAGCGUUCGACCUUCCAAGGGAAUCCUCUUACCACGAUCCACGUGCGAACUCAUUUUUCUAACGGAAGAGCAAAGGAAAGCACCACGUAACAUGAGAUGCGAUGUCUCUUUUUGUGUUAAUGCCGUCGUCACCUUUGCAGGAGCCACUGUGAAGGACGUUGCUCAUUAUAAAAUGUUUUUCAGAGAGUCAGGUAACACAGUGGACGAGGUGGAGCUGAAAGCUAUUUAUGUAUCACCGCCUAAGACUCCACCGCCGGUUCCUGAGAGACGCGACAAGGGAUCUUUGUAUUGGGCUUCUGCUAAAGCAAAUUUACGGAAAUUUUACAAUGGCUUAGCGAGGAGGAGAAUGUGGAAAUCCUACACGAAAAUAAACUCCGACAGUGACUUGAUGAGAGAGCCGUUGUCGGUUUCUUCUUCUACUCAAACUGAAAGCUAAAUGCGUCAUACAAUUCAAAUACGUAUACUGCAGAAGAUUGCUAAUUAUUUGGAUUGCAUCGCACAAGGUUGUUAUGUUUCCAAACCACGUGAAAUCAUGAAUGGGAUGUGGUUAAAUUUUUCAGAGUGCUGGGUUUUGGUUCACGUUCUUUUGCUUUUUUAACAAACUCAGAUGGAAUUAUUAAUUAUUACAAAGAAUUAGCAACUGAGCUGUUACCUUAUAAGAAAACAGUAGCGUGCUCCCACGUGUUAAU